AUGGUCCGCAUUAGCUUCGCUGUUGUCCUUGCUUGUAUGUUUUGGUCAUAAUUCGAUAUACAAAUUCUGGUCGCUAACAUAUUGCAGUCACUUCCGCUGUUCUAGCCGUUACCCCUAACGCAGCUGGUUCAAAGAACGUUGGUACCGGCAAGGGAGAACAGUAAGUUUUAUCCUCCAUCUGAAGAUCUACAGCAGCUGGAUACUAACCAAAUUGAUAGAUUUAUCACUGGAGGCUGUACCAGCAAUGCAGACUGCUCUUCAAAGUGCUGCGCAGGUAACCCUGAAGUGGGUGUCUGCUCUGCUGAGCCCGCUGCUUUGCAAGCUGGGAAGACUGGUUGCGGAUUUGUUGACCCUAACCCUGAAAAGACCAGUAUGUCUCUCUUCUGUUUCUCUUGCUCUCUUGCGUAUAUCUCUUAUGGUCUCAUGCUAACAUUCUUUUCUCAACAGUUGCAGCAGCAAAGGCCCAGGUCGCUAAGCAAGGUUUCCGUCGCUCUCCAGUCGCAUAA